UGUUGUCAAUAUAGUACUAACAAAAAAUAUUGUAAUAUGACCAACGUUGAAUAUGAUUACAAUAUUUGGUACCAACUAAUAAAAAUUAUAAUGAAAUUGCGGUAAUUGUAAAGGUUAUGGCGAUGUUAAAUGAAACUAGUGAUGUCUCCGAUGACUGUAUUUUGUAUGAAUUGUUAGUUUAUUCCGAGUGGAAACAAGAUCCUGAGUUUGUAAAAUUUUCAAAACCUACUGAUGCCAUUUAUAAUGCCACAUCACCGUAUUCUCCACAAAGAUUACUGCAGUUUCUCAGCUGGAGAAAUUCUGUUUCAACUGAAAUCCUAAGACUCUUACUUCACCACUUGCCGUGGCAGUUUGCGGUGGGGGAGGGUGGCAAAGUGGUGGCCAUCUUGCAGGAAAGUUCUCUCGAGAUACGCACUUCCCGAGAUGAGUACUGCUCGGUUGUGGGCAGAGCUACAGUCCCCAGAGACCCAGUCCCGCACUGGAGGAAGCUGGCGUGGAGCCCGGACUGCAGCAUGCUGGCCGUCUCCCAUAGUAACGGCUCUGUCUCCUUCUACGACCUCCUAGGCAGCAACCUCUUCAAUAUAUACCCCCCAAAAUUCCAGCAAGAUGCUCAGAAUACUGAUCACGGCCAAGCUAUUGCCUCCAUCAUAUUCCUUAACUCCAGGAUUAAAACACACAAAUGGUCGUGCGAGCUGCUGGUAACAAACUACCUCGGCCAGCUGCGGGGGUACCUGGUCUCCCCGACGGACGGCUUCCAGGAGAACCACGUGUUCAACUUCUCCCAGUACUACCCUCAGGGGGUGGUGGCCUUGGCGUACCACCCCAACCACAACAUGCUCUUCAUCGCGGGACCGUCCAACUUGUUCUCCUCUGCCCUGCUGAAGGGUUUUGGCAGCAGUAUGGGCCUGUCGGCGUGGCGUCUCCUGAAUGACCACCCGUACUACCGCCCAGCGCUGUCGCUGGACGAAGAGGAUGCUAUCGCCCAGGCUCAGCGUAGUCUUUGGAACUGGGUGCCUCUGGUGGGCAGGAAGAACAACAAAAGCAUUAUUUUCAAAAUGAAGAUAUCGCCUAAUGGCUCCCUUCUCGCAUGCCUGCAUUCCUGUGGCAGCAUUUCGUUAUGGCAUUUGCCAGCCAUUAGGUUAUUCAAGUUCUGGAGGCUGUACGAACAGCCGUGUUACAAUGCGGUGAACCCACAGGCAGACAAGCAGACGUACAGAGUUGUAACGGGCGAUGUUGACUCUGAAUUCUAUCCCGUCGACAUUAACUGGUGGGCUGACCAGGCCAUCAUCGUGGCCCGGUUCUCCGGGGCUUUGAGCGUGUACUCGGUGACCAACCUGCGCAACCUGCUGGGGGAGUCGCCCGAGUUCCUGGCGGGCCAGCCGCGCGUGUCGGCCGUGUGCGGCGACCAGGGCUUCCUUGGGCUCGAGUGCGAGGCUGUCCUCACCACCAAGAAGUGGCUCUGCGAAGACGACAGCAUCUGGGAGGCUAAGGACAGCAGUGAGGAAGACGAAGAGGACACUGAGAAGGAAUCUCUUCUGGACUGGAGCACUGCGCUCGUUCAGUCUGCCGUGUAUUCGGUCACAGACAUGGAGAGGUUCCAGCCCAAGAGGAAGCGCCCCAAAGUCCUGCUCAAGACGUACCGGCUGGUGGGCCUCAAGAAAACCACCCCGGAGGAACUGUAUGCCAGAAAGAUUGACAAUGAAGAAUACGCAGAUGCACUGGAGCUGGCUCUAGCGUACAACCUGGACUGCGACCUGGUGUACCAGCGUCAGUGGCGAAACUCCAAGGUUUCAAUUUCCACGAUUCACGAUUUCUUGAGUAAAGUCAGGAAGCGGUCUUGGGUGCUGAAGGAGUGUAUCGAGAGGGUGCCGGAGUCUUUGACAGCCACGAGAGAACUUCUCCAGUAUGGUUUGCAAAUCACGAACCUGGAGACACUGGUUGCAAUUGGAGAAGGAAGUGACGGUGGCCAUUUUGUUCUUGCUGAUGAUGCUCCAGAACAAGAUGAUGCUAGAAAAAAAGUCGAUAGCAACAUUUUGGAAAAGAUUGAUGUUAAUGCAUUGACAGAAGAUCAGAUGACACUUAUUAAAUACAGACAGAAACUUUUGCAGUACCUGGAUAAACUGACAACAUACGAGAUAAUUCUGGGAGGGUCGGACGUGGCGAACAGCUUGUACGAUCACGUGUUCUACGACAAGUUCCGGCUGGCGUCGACGGUGGCGUCGACGGUGGAGUUCGCACGGGACGGCAACUGGCAGGCAGUGGGGCACAUGCUGACGUACCACGGGGGCGCCACGCUCCCCCACUGGCUGCCUGUCCUGUCGAGCUUCCCCGAGUCCAUGAGCCCGUUGGGGUACAAGUCGCUGCUGCCCGAGUGCGGGGCGGAUGGGGAGGUGUUCCGCUGGCACCAGAAGCAGCUGCGCGCGCGGGACUGGUGCGAGGGGGAUGCAUUCAUGCAGCCGCAGGGCGAUGAAGACGAGGACCUGAAGCUCGUGUACGAAGGCAACGCGUCUCUGCAGCAGUUUGUGCUGAGGGCCGGCGACCGCGAGCUGACACGCGAGCUGGUGUCUGCGUGGUACGUGACGAGGAUUCAGCAGGUGGAGCAGUACAGCCGCAUUGUGGAGCAUGCCCUCAUGCUCAUCAAGUUGGCCAUGGAGAGGAACAUUGCUGGCCUUGAUAUGCUGUACUCCCAGAUGGUCACACUUGAUACACUGGUGUAUGACGUUCAUGUGGAGUCCAUGGACCUUUCUACCCUGCAGAAGAUGUCUGAUCUGGAAGUAGCCAAGCUACUCAUGUCCAAGACGUCGGAGGGCACGUUCGUGGAGGACCUGCACGGCCUGCUGUUGCCGUUCCUGGGGCGGUGCGAGCGGCGCUCCCCCGGCGCGCGCCGGCGGCUGCUGCGCGAGCUGCUGCUGGACCUGAGCUCGCGGGACCUCGCGCUGCCCCUGCGCCUGUUCGAGCGCCUGCGGGACUCCGGCCCCGACGCCCUGGUGCCCUCCCUGGAGGAGGCCGUGUCGCUGGUGCUGGGCUGCCUGUACGCCUGCCCCGGCGCCGACCAGCUGGGCACGGCGCUGCUCGUGCUGGAGUGCGUGCCCGCCCGCGACACUCAUCAUAGCCUUGUUACGUCAUCCUUGCAUGAUCAGCUCGACGAAUUGGAGUCUGAGCUGGCUGCAGCUGAAAUACUGAACCGGUACGACCUUCCGAAACCACUCUCCUUCAUCCAUGACAUUAAGUCAAACACAACUGAUGUUCAGAAGCUGUUGACGAAACUGGCCAGGACACUUAUGAAAAGAGUUCCACCCCCUUCGGAGCCUCAUUGGCAACAACUGCUUAGCGACAUGCUAUACUUGCAGUCAAAAGUCUUCUCCUGCAUCUCCACAGAAGCAUGUUAUCAGAUUUACGUGGCCACAUUGUUGUCAUCUGGCAGCAAGGUGAACAUAAUGGCAGCCAGCAACAUUCUGCAGUGUCGCUGCCUGGAGCAGAACAACAAGAAGAUCUCAUUUGAACACAGCGUGGCUCUGGUCAUCCAAGCUGCGAUGGAGUACUUUGACUCUGCCGGCAGCUUACUGGAUCCAACUAUGGAACUUGCAAAGUCAUGCCUCAAUUUGAUCGUCGAUGACCACGAUGAGGUCAAGGAGAAGUUGGACCUUAUUGCAUCGUUGCAGUUGCUGAAUGAUUUCGGGCUCAGCAUGCUUCCUUUGCAAGUGCGGCUGUGCACGGAGCGCAUGAGGCUGGUGGAGUCGUGCGUGCGCAAGCGGCCCUCGGCGUACCGCAGCUGCCGCGAGCUCCUGGAGCUGGCGCAGAAGCUGCGCGUGGCCGGCACGGACGGCAGGCACAGGGAGGCGCAAGUCCUCGCGCUCGUCGCCGAGACGGCGUUCCAGGCAAAAGACUACGGGUACUGUGCAGAGCUAUGCCAGCGCAUAGCCAAGAAGUCCCACGUGCUGUGCUGGCCGGUUGUUCAGAAGCUGGGUCAGUGCGAGGACUUCCCGGACAUCCAGUUGCGGUCCAGCCUUCUCUCGUUUGCGCUGCUCCACUGCACGCCUGACGAAAUGGAGAAGCUGAUCACGACCAAGUGCCGGCUCGAGGCCCAGCUGCUGCACCAGGCCGUCAGCUCCCAGGUGCAACUGCACAGGACGCAGAGUGACCAGGCCGAGGACGAAGAGUUUGCUGACGCCCUCACGUCUCCUGUCUCACCACGAAAGGAAUUCCCUCCUAAGACUUCUCUUCUUCAUGUUGUCGAGGACUCCACGGAAGUCAUCAUGCAGACCACAUAUAAUGUUCUCAGACACAUUGGAGACAAGAAUUUUUGGGAAAACACAUUUGGGUGGGUGAAGGGCAGUCGGGACUCUGUCUCGGACUCGUACGACCAGGACCAACCCUUCGUGCUGCAGGGCGUGCCCGAGUUCUACGGCUCCUUGUACGAGCUGUACCACGCCAGCAGGCUGAGCGUCAGGUACGACUCGUUCUCGGUGCCGAGCGUCGGCGACCGAGUACUGCUGCUGUGUCAGGACUUGCUGCGGAUCACCUUGCUAGAGGAGAACGCGCGCAACUCGGGCAAGCAGCACGCCGAAACCACGGAUGUACUGCUUCAACUGGCCGAGCACAUUUUGCCAGAAGACAACGCCCUGGGCCUAUCCCACCUGAUGGCACUCGACAAGCCACAGCUGGCGGAUCGCUGCUUCCGUAAUCUGCCCGUUUCCAUCAUUUCAGCACAGCUGGCGUGCUACUUCUUCGCCCUGAGGGUGUGCAACACUUUGGAUGAAUUCGAGGGAGACAUGUUCUUGUAUUCUCCCUCUGAGGUGGUGGAGUACGCAUUGGGCCUGGCGUCGGAAGAACCGUGUCCCGACGAGUGUCUCCGCCUGCUGCUGGAGUACCGGAACCUGCUAGCAGACCACGCCCAGGGCUGCCAACUGCGGGCCCUUGACUGCGGCGUGGACCUGCAGCGGUUCUCGGACGACGACCAGUACCGUCAGGACACCAUCCUGGGUCUUGCCAUGACAGAAGAUGAUGAAAGGUUUCUCCUCGCAAUGAGACUGGGCUCUCGCUACGGCGUCCCGCCAGCCCACAUUGCGACAUGCCAUGCGUCAGUGCUCCUCACGAGCGGUGGGACCAUACCUCUGCCUGACUUGAUGUCUAGGCUGACCAACGAGAAACUUGUUGAGCUGCUGAAGAUGGAACCGCAGCAUGUUUGCAACAGGCUGCAUCAGGACGUGCUCCCUUGCCUGGACGGAAAGGACCACCAACUGCUGGUGCUGUACUUCACGCUGCUCGGCCUGGUGUGUCCGGACAGCGCCGUGCACGCUUUGGUCCCCAGAGAACAUCUGAAGCUCAUCAAGAAAGUGAAAGCCACAUCGCAAAAUAUUGACUACUUACUUCUGAUCGACCCAUCAAGCAACGUUCUAGAUGCUUUGAAGCCAGUAAUAUCCAGGGACAAUGUGGGUCUCGUGGCCAAACUAGUGAAGUCACUGCACCAGUCACUCAACUGUUCUGUGCAAGUUGGCGUGCUCUACAGUACUUUGGCACAGAAAGAGUUCUUUGAGGUGGAGGGUCAGCCGGCGGAGGACGGGUGGCUCCAGCAGUUCGAGAAGUGCAGCGUGCACUUCCCCAAGAUGGCGCCGGCGGACGUGCUGAGCUGGGUGGCGGGCACCUGCUUCGCGGAGCGCAGCCCGGAGGUCAUGACGGUGGAAUGCCGCAAGGAGCUGGUGCUGCGGGCCGCCGGCCUCUGCUCCCAGCGCGCUGAGCCCGAAAAUGAAUGGGACAGUUGUAUUAAAACAUUGAAAGAAUGGGUGAUGCAUUUGGAAACAAUGAGCAAACACCAACUGGACAAUGUUACCAAUUUGAAUGAUCCCCACUUCCGUCAACUGUACAGGCUGCUGGACCUGUCCAGGGGUAAGCCUAGCUCCGUCGACAACCUUCUCCAGAAAGCAAUCCUGAGCCCAGUGUCGCUGGAGACGUUGAGGUGUUUCCUGAGCAUGCUGCCGGAACCGGGGCUGCAGUUGGAGUCUAUGCUUCUUGAUUACCUGAAGAAGGCUCUGGAAAUGAGAGUGAUGCAUGAAGAUGAAGGCACAGCUCUGUUGAAUGCGGUCCUGCUGAGGCUGAACGAGCUGGCGGACCGGGAGGACAGCUCCCUGCUGGAGGACGAUGACGAAGCCACGGCGACCUGGCUGCAGCUGGAGCAGCUGUGCGGGGACCUGAGUCUGUCCGCUGCCGUCCGGCUCAACGCUCUGCAGCUGCUGCAAAAGGUGAGCCGGUCGGCAGAAGACGAUGACAGUGCGCUGCUGUACAACCACACGCAGGCGGUGGUGGCGACGGCCUGGCCCGACACCGUCAUCACCGUCCAACUGUCGGACGUGGACUCCGGCAGCGCCCGAGCCGCGCUGUUUGAGCGCCUGGCCGGCCGCGCGGACUCGUGGGCCCACGUCACCUUGCUGCACCGCUUGCUGGAGCGCUGGCCCCUCUCAGAUGUUGAUUCAUUCGCACCAUGGAUAACAUUCAUCUCCAAAUUGCUACAGUUCCAUGAAGAUGAAGAAAGCAUUGCAACUGUUUUGGAAGAUAUCUUCAAGAAGCACAAUUUUUCUGAACCGCAUCUUCAGGCAGUCAUAGAGCGUGUGAACAACAGUGCACCCCUGAACUUGCUCCUCCUGGUGUGUCUCCUUCCGGACCACAAGAGCCUACAUGACAAGGCAGUCGCACUCAUUCACAGUGCAAGUGGGGAAUCUGUGACCGGGCUGAGCCGGAAGGUGCUGGCCCUGGCGCUGGGGCGGGGCCUGCUGCCCCGCCUGGUGUCCAGCGCGGCCUACCCCGGCCUGGUGGAGCACGCUCUGGGCACGCCCGAGGACGUACCCGCGCUGGCGCGCCAGCUGUCGGCGGCCGGCCAUGCGCCGGAGGCCGGCAUGCUGCGCCUCCUGCACGCCGGGGCCCCCGCCGCGCUCGCCACCUUCUCCGCGGCGCUGGCCCUCGACCGCAGCUGUGCGCCCAGUAAGUGACAGAGCGGUCGGGCCCCCGUCCCCAGGCUCCUGUUCCUUGCCGGCCACUCUGCCGCUCGUGCUGCGUCUCCCUGGGGGCGAUGUGUGCCUCCGAGAGAUCAGGCGUACUUUGGAUUUAAAAAGUGAUCAAUCUUGUUAAUCUGUAAACCUCAGCAUUUAUAAUGAAAACUCAUUACAAGGUAGGGUAAGGUGGAAAAAAAAAAAUAUAUUUUUUUGCACAUACUGUUAAAUUUUUCCUGUUUUGGAAUUUUUUUUUUUGGUAGAAGAGUCUACUAGUGUAUCAAACGAACAUGGUUUUUAAAGUCAAAUUAAAUUUUUUAACUACAAAAAAAAAUACUCCAGUUGACUUCCAAGUUGGGUAAUCUCGAAGAUUGGCCUAUUUUGUAUUUUGUUUCAUGUUUAGAAGCUAAGGCCAUUUGAUGCUCAAACAGCAACCGAAAAUUUUAUAUAAAAAAAACACUUCUACUGAAAAUAAUUCUUUUUGGCACAUCCUACUGACCUAGGUGGAUAUCAAAGUACUUAUUCUGGAAAUUCUAUAAACUUCUGUCACAUUAAAAAAAAAAAAUGUACCUAACAUACUAUGUGUACUCCAAUAUGUAUUCCAAAAUGAUAGAUUAAAUAUUUUUUCUAAUUUCAUGCAGCAAACAUAUUUUGAAUGUUUUGAACUCAAUGAUUACAGCAUUGAACAGCUUAGAACAAUUUUUCAUGUUAUGCCUACUAAGGUAAUAGUGAAUUUUUUUGGCCAUCAAACACUAUUUUUUACUCCCUGCACUAAUACAUAGUCAUGAAAAUAAUUUCAAACAAAUUUAAUAGUAUGGAAGUUAAAAUAUUUUUUAAUUACAACUCCCCCUGUUUUUACUGUAAUAAUUUUUACUGUAAGAAUAAUUUCAUCUGAAAUGGUGUUUCUUAUUUUUAAGGUUUACAAACAUUCUGAAUGGAUUUAAUAGCUUGUCUACAAGGGGAAUUAUGAAUUGUUUUGUCUUUCAACCUUUUUUUUUUUCCAACUGCUAUAACUGUUGGUCGUAUAAAAAAUUAUUUUGUACGAAAGUUGUAGACAGUAGUUUAAGGUUUAUCAAUGAAUGAGAAUGGAUUUAAUAGUGUGCGUGUUACAGAAAUUAUGAUUUUUUUUUUUUUAAAUUUACCUCUUUAUUUUUUUCAUUCCCUUGCUGAAAUGGUUUGCUUUAUAAAAAUUGUUUCAGACAAAAAUUUACAAGCAAUUUACAAUCAAUUUAAAUGAAUCCGAUGGUGUGUGUACUAAGAGAGAUGAAUUUUUUUUGUCUGUCUACCCUUGUUUUUUUCCAACCCUUGCUAUAAUGGUUGGUGGUAUAAGAAAUUAUCUUGAACAAAAGUGGUAGAUAAUGUUUUAAGGUUUUACAAUGAAUAAGAACAGAUUAAAUAGUUAGCAUGGUGCAGAAAUCAAGAUUUUUUUUUUAAAUUUCUACCUAUGUUUUUUUAAAAUUCCCUUGUUGCAAUUAUUUGUUUUAUCAAAAAUUGUUUGAAACAAAAGUUUUAGAUAAAAUGUAAACGAUGUACGAAAAAAAAUUUUAACGGAUUCAAUUGUGUGCCUACUAAGGGAGUUAUAAAUUUUUUUUGUCCUCCAACCCUGGUAUUUCCACCCCUUGCAGUUAUGGUUUCUUAUCAAAAAUUUAUUUAGACAAAAGUUUUUGGUAUUACUCCUACAAGUUAUAAUACAGUCAAACAGAUGAGAUAUUUGUCAUAUUAUGGGAGUUUUAGCGAUUUUUCUGUUUUUCAACAAAAUUUCGCCUUUUGUACCCUUUUUAUGGAAUGUUGCCUAUUAAUAAACUCGACAGAGAUUUUCUUUUACUAUAUUUUAUGUAUCACUUUAGAAGUGAUUGAUAAAAAAUUGCGUAAGUUAUAGUGUCCAUAAAAAUGUAAUAAACUUUUGAGCUGAUGAUAGUUUUUGGUUCUAUGGACCAUGAAACAAAAACUAUAUAAAAAUAAUUUCCAGAAGUUGCACCAUGGUAACUGCUACAAUAAGUACUCCUUCUAAAUCUACCUAUAAUAAUGUAAGCAAAUUCUUGUAUAGUAAAAAUAAUUAAAUUCAGAUUCAGAACUACAAAAAAAUAUUGUAUCUGUGCAAACUAUUUUUUGUUAAUUAUUUAUUAUUUUUUGAACAGAAACUAUGUAUGUUUGUCUUGUUUCUAAAUGUACAAGCAACAUUUUGAAAUUUUAUUUGAUCUAAUAUUUAAAAAUUGUGAAAUUAUGUUUUUUUUUUAUUGUU